AUGCUGCGGCAACUGUUCCCGCGCGCCAGCGCCCGCACCGCCCUCAGGUUAUCGCAGCUUCCCACCCAGCGCCUGGCGACAUGGCAGGCUGCACGCCAGUACAGCGUCAAGCCCGUGGCGGCUUCGGAUGCCAAGCCGUUGGGGCUCGACGCCUCCAAGCUCACGAUAGAGGAGACCAAGACGCCUGGCAAGCUCAGCAAGCCGGAGGAGCUCGUCUUUGGCCGCAAGUUCUCAGACCACAUGCUCACCAUUGAGUGGACAAAAGAAAAGGGCUGGCUGGCGCCCCAGAUCAUCCCCUACCAGAACCUCUCGCUCGACCCGGCAACAUGCGUGUUCCACUACGCCUUUGAGUGCUUCGAGGGCAUGAAGGCCUACAAGGACAAGGCCGGCAAGAUCCGCCUCUUCCGCCCCGACAAGAACAUGGCCCGCCUCAACAAGUCGUCGGCCCGCAUCGCGCUGCCGACCUUUGAGCCGACGGCCAUGAUCGAGCUCAUCAGCAAGCUCGUGCGCACCGACGAGCGCUUCAUCCCCAGCGAGCGCGGCUACUCCCUCUACCUCCGCCCCACCAUGAUCGGCACGCAAAAGACGCUCGGCGUCAACGCGCCCGGCUCGGCCCUCCUCUACGUCAUCGCCUCGCCCGUCGGCCCCUACUACCCGACGGGCUUCAAGGCCAUCACGCUCGAGGCCACCGACUACGCCGUGCGCGCCUGGCCCGGCGGCGUCGGCGACAAGAAGCUCGGCGCCAACUACGCCCCCUGCAUCGUGCCCCAGCAGGAGGCCGAGAGCCGCGGCCACCAGCAGAACCUGUGGCUCUUUGGCCAGGAGGAGUUCGUCACCGAGGUCGGCAGCAUGAACAUGUUUGUCGCCCUCAAGAACAAGGAGACGGGCCAGAACGAACUCGUCACGGCGCCCCUCGACGGCACCAUCCUCGAGGGCGUCACGCGCGACUCAGUGCUGAGCCUCGCCCGCGAGAAGCUCGUCCCCGAGGGCUGGCUCGUCUCCGAGCGCAAGUACACCAUGAAGGAGCUCGACGAGGCCGCGCAGGAGGGCCGCCUCAUCGAGGCCUUUGGCUCCGGCACCGCUGCCAUCAUCAGCCCCGUGCGCUCCAUCGCCUGGAAGGGCAAGACGGUGAGCUGCGGCCUGUCCGAGGCCGAGGAGUCUGGCGAGGUUGCGCUCAGGAUGAAGGGCUGGAUCGAGGCGAGGCAGUACGGUGAUGAGGAGCAUGAGUGGAGCCACGUCGUGGAGGUUUGA